GUUGUCGUCAAUAUUGACUACUCUGGUAACAUCCUAGACCAGGAAUACAAAUUGGCUUACUACAGAGAAGACAUUGCCGUAAACGCUCACCACUGGCACUGGCAUCUUGUUUAUCCUGCCACCUGGAGGGAAAAUGUGACAGGAAAACCUAAAGAUCGUAAAGGAGAAUUGUUUUAUUACAUGCAUCAACAGAUGUGUGCUAGGUAUGACUGUGAACGACUCAGUAACAAGAUGACCCGCGUGGAUCCUUUGGAUAACUGGCAUAAAGAACUCGAAGGGUAUGGGCCUCACUUGUGCUCGUUGUUGAAUGGCUUGCACUACGGUAUGCGGCCUAGUGGUCUGAAAAUACAUGAUAUUUCAGACAUUGAUAUUUAUGAAAUGAACCGUUGGGUAGAAAGAGUGUUGGAGGCUAUAAGUCUUGGCUACGUUGUUGAUUCCGAGGGAAAUGAGGUUUCACUCAACGCACAAAAUGGGACAGACAUUCUGGGAGAUCUAAUCGAAGCAAGCACGGAGUCUCUCAACCAAAAGUAUUACGGAAGUAUUCACAACUGGGGUCACGUGAUGUUGGCAGCCGUUCACGAUCCUGUCGGAAAGUAUAAAGAAAACCCAGGAGUCAUGGAUGACACUUCUACUUCUCUACGUGACCCUAUCUUCUAUCGUUGGCAUCGUUUCAUUGACAACAUGUUUCAGGAAUUUAAAACGAAUUUACCUCCCUAUUCAAAGCACGAGUUGGAGUUCCCAAAAGUGAAUAUUGGAAAGGUGACUUUACAUGCUACCAAAUCUAAUUAUCUGCAGACUUUUGAAGAAGACCAUUACUUGGAAUUAUGUCAUGGAGUACAGUUUUGCAAGGAAGGUUCUGUCAAGGUGCACUACAAGCGUCUACAGCACGAAGAAUUCAAUUAUAACAUUGAAGUUCACAAUGAUAGUAGUUCCAAUAAGAAUGCUGUAGUGAGAAUCUUUUUGGCACCAAGAGAUAACGAGCUUGGAAAUCGUCUGGAAUUGGAUGAUCAGCGCCAUCUCUUUAUCGAAUUAGACAAGUUCCACGUAGUUUUAAAUCCCGGCGAAAAUACAAUCACCAGAAAAUCAAAGGACUCUAGCGUUACUCUCUCUAAAGAAAGAACGAUUGACGAACUCAUGAAAGGCGAGGGACUGAAUGAUGACAACAACGAAUUCUGCAGUUGUGGAUGGCCUCAACAUAUGUUGAUUCCCCGUUCUAACGAAGAAGGCAUGGUAUUCGAUCUAUUUGUGAUGCUUACCAACUGGGAAAACGAUAAUGUUAAUGGUCAUUCUAGUGAGGAAGCUAUUUGUACGGAUGCUGUGAGCUAUUGUGGCGCAAAGGACCACAAAUAUCCAGACCGUCAGGCAAUGGGAUUCCCGUUUGAUCGUACGAUUACGCACCACACCUUGUCCGACUUCUUGACCACCAAUAUGUCUGCUACCGAAGUCACCAUUAAAUUUAAAAAUCAUCACUAGCGAUUUGAUAUACCAAUAUCUCUAAUAAAUACCAAAUAAUAGCUUUUUCUCAGAAGAAUUGCAACCGAAAACAACCGUGUUGGGAUUGACGAACAACCAUGUAAUUUGGUAAUAAAAGGAAUGAUGCCUAAAUAUGUUUGAUUCGUUUUUUUGUUGUUGUUGUUGUCAAGCGCAAAGCUAGGCAACGGGCUACCUGUACUGUAACCACCAGGUGUAUCAAAACCGGGUUUAAAGUGUCACAACUCUUCUACCACUGAAUCACAAUUGCAUUCAGAGAAACAUUUGUACAGAAGUAAUUCCAAACAUGUGAAACUUCAGUAACUGCACGAACAUACAUCAAAUGUUUCCUGCAGGUUUCUCAUAAUGAUUAUGUACAAGGCAACAGUGAAAUCCCCCAUUUUUAUGUAACAGAAAUCCUUAAGGUACAACUCCAUCCUGUUGCACGUGUGUAUGUGUGUAUUAUUUAACCAAGGUUAUUCAAUACCACAAACUACAUAUUUGUAAGAUAAGUUAUAAUAACACCACAUGCAGACUACUGGUGUACACGUACAUAACGGAAACCAUCAUAAGUACUACAG